AUGGGAAAGGAUCAAAGUAAAUUGUUUUUCAGCAACACGAUAUUCUUGAGAAAUCUGUAUGAAAGGAACAAAGACAAAGUAGAGUUGCAAGCUGGAGAAUCGGAGCGACUUGCUGAGAUUGACAAGAACAUAAAGGAAUGGCAAGAACAGGAAAGGAUUUUUCAGGAAUCAAUGAAAACAACUAAAUCAAAGUAUACAGGAAAGAAAUUUGAUGAUUUGGAAAAUGUGUUCGCACAGAAACAAGACAGAGAAUCAUCGGGAAAAGGAAAUGAACAUGAAAUGAACUCUGCAGCGAGCGAUCAACCAACAGAUGGGAAUGAAACGAGAGUAAACAUAGAAGUCGAAGAUUCAAUGGCUGUGAACAAUGAAGACACUCAAGAAAUGAACGAGUCGUUGUCAGAUGGAACUCCAAUCGAAAACAUUGGAAUAUCUGUUGGAAUAGUAGAAGAGAAGGAUGACAUACAAAUGGGAGAGAAGAGUCCGUCUGUUGAACAAAAUGAUGAGAAGAACAAUAAGGAAGUGGUUGUGUAUGAAACUCCUCCAAUUACAACAAUAAAAACAGAUGAAUCUGGAUAUGUGCAUACAGGAGCUGCAAUACGGCAAGGGUUGAAGCAAAUGUAUAAUGCGGAUGCAGUUGAAGAGAAAACUGAAGAGGAAACCGAAUCAGAGGAACAAUCCAAUGAUACAAAAGCAUCAGAAAGACAACAACAGCAGGUCAGUUCUCUUGUGAAACGGGUGAAGAAAGGAGAAAGGCUAAAGAGAAAGACGUAUAAACUUCAAAAUCAAACACCUCCUAAACGUAAAAGGGCACAAAGGAAAGGUGGAAAAGGAAAAAAGAAGAAUGAGGAGGAGGAGCAAAGGGAAAUAAUUGACGUCGACAGUCACAUUGACGUCACACCACCCGAAUCCAAAAGACUGAAAAAGCCACAAAGACUAAAAUUGUGGAAAUCAUGCAGUGAGAACGAAAAAAACUCAUCCAUCCAUUCUUUGAGAAUGCAACUGAAUGUACCAUUGACUAAAUUGCUGAAUGAAAUGGGCCACAAAGAUCCAGAGACAGGUGGUGAUAUCGAGACAAGCUUUUCACAUUACACUGUACCAGCACAAGACGGAUGCGAUUGUGCAAUGCACACUUGCAUGUACUUGAAGAAUUUGGUAAAGCGUGGAAACUGUGAAAACCUAUCCGAAAUCACUAACUUAGAUGAGAAGUUGAAUAAGAAGAGAGUGAAGAUUGCAGCAAGAAUCUUGGCAGAAUUGGGUUCAUGGAAUAAACCGGAAUAA